AGGUGCUUUCUGUGUUGCUCGAACAGACAGUUCUUCCUCUCCCCUCUCUUGGCGUGCGAGGCGAAAAUUCUGUGGAGGCAGCGCAUUCCUUUAGGGGUUUGUCCUUCUGCUGCUGAUCUUCGGAAGAAACGGUGUUGUGCGUUACUAACGCCGACUCAUCGAUCUGUUCUGCUUCGUCUUCUCCGCUUCCGCACGUCCCUCAAGCAAAACUGCGUCCUGAUAGUGAUGCUCGGCCGCCUCCACUCGCAAGGCGGCAGCGGUGCCGCCACCACGUCCCUGCGAGUAAUGCAAAGGCGGUGUCUAUCGAGGCACGCCCAACCGUUCAGCCGGGCAGACGCGCAGGCUUUAUAUUUCACGUCUCGCCGCUCGAGUGCAUCUGCGCCGGCAUCCGCGAGAGGGCCUUUUUUUGCCGUGUCCGUCCUCAACACCUCAAUCCGAUGCUUUCGGACUUCAGCCGCACUGUGCGCUUCAUCACUGACGUCGUCACCAUCAACGCGAAGCCGCGGCAGCUCUCCACGCUCUUCCAAGCACAGGAAUGCUUCUCCCGACAGGAGCUCUAGAAAACUGCCUCUGCACGUCCGGACACAAGGCAGGAAGCCAUUGUCCUCUUCAACACCUAGGCAGCCAAAGGGAGAUGCACGCGUAGCAGAAGAGGUGCCAUCACUGUGCAGAGGAGAAGACAUCGAUGACGACUUGUUGAAGGCCGCGAGGGCCUCGGCAUCGGGGUCACAUGAGGAUAGCGUUGAUUCGAAUACUUUCACUUCGGGGCGAGGUGAUCGAACCACACACGGCUCUGCUCCACCGGAUACGGAACAAGAAGCGGUGCAGCCGCGCGGCGAACCGGGAUGGGGCCUGGAAACGGUGAAUGCUAUUACCGGCAAGACGGCCCUGGAGGAGCUGUACGAUCGUAACCUCAGCCGCAUCCACGGCAUCCUGGAGCGACCCCUCCCACCGAUGCCGCACGACGGCAGCGUCGAUCCGGACUUCUUUGUGGGAUUCGCUUCCUACAGUUAUCAGCUGCGGGAUCAGUACCGGGCCGUCAUCGCACGCGAGCUGCACGUUCCGGUGAAGGCGGUGCGGCUGUCAGUUGCGUGGAGCGGGCGCUUCAACGUGAAGCGAUUCGGCAGGGUACAGAAGGUGUGCGGCGUGUGCUUGGACAGGACCGCACUGUCCGGCGCCAACGAUGGCGCAGUGAAGGAGAAGGCAACCAACACCACAAAUACUCCAGACUUUACCGAGCAAGAGAAAGACGCAAACAAAGCGUCGGCGUCCGAUGGCCUACCGGAUGCCAUACAGCAGCGCAUCGCCCAGUUCGUCUCCGCAAUCAACACCCACAAGCGAGAAGAUCUGCUUCAGGUACAGCUUUUUCAGGCCUCCCCGCCCAUCCCAGAAGUGGAAUUCGCCUUGACACGGCAGGAGCAUCGUCUCGUCUACCACUUACACGAAUGGGUCCGUCGACACGUCCUGCAGCGGGCGGUGGCCGUGGUGGUCUACGGUGUGCCGCCUUCUCCGCUCUCAACACAGGCUUUACCGAAGGAGUCCACGAAGCUCGCCGAGGCGGCCACCCUGGAAAAGGAGAUUCGCCAUCGCUAUGAGAUGUGGCAGCAAAAGGCAAGCGAGGAGUCCGCUGCGCAGCAACGUGAGGUGCAGAGCCGCUGGCUUCGUCUUUUCCACCGACGUGAGCUCGUGCCUGCUGUUCUGAGUCUGACGGAGCUAGCAACGAGGGUGGCCAUCGCUGUCGUGCGCGGGGAUGUCUCGGGUGUGAGACUGGAAAGGAAAGAUGCCGAUCGCGCAGACGGCCAGCAGGAUAAAGAGAACAUGGAAGAGGCGGAGGCGGUGUUGCUCAAUGGCCCUGUGCGAGAUUUGCUGAUUGGUAUGGCGUCUGUCGCUGUGGCACCUGCGGCUACGUCUUCUACGGCUAGCAGCGUAAAGGAAACUGACUGCAACAUGGGCAUGCUCGCCGGUGCGGCGACGGCGGCAGACGACCCACGAGAGGAAGCGCAGCCGAGGUGUGGGAUGAAAGACGUGCUGCUUCCUCGGAACGCUUCUGGCCAAAGCCCCGAAACUGCUGGAAGCUCUUUGGAUUUGACAGCGACGGCGACGCAGCAGGAGGCGGUCCUGCGGUGGGUGCGGCUCGUUUUCCAAGCCCUCCUUCUCCGCGAGGCGACUUCUACUUCGGCCACCACCCCAACGGUCGCGUUAGAGGUCUCUCUCCCUGCUCUCUUUGCGCAGGGCGUGUACGCUGGCGGUCGCGACGAGGUAGCCUACCUGCAGCACAACCGAGCCGCACUGGACGCCCUGCUGCUGCACCCGCACGAGAUCUCGUUUAAGAAGAAGUUUGUGAGUCGCUUACGUAAUGGGUAUCGUCGGCCUCAGAUGGAGAAGGAGGCCGCGGUUUCGCAUUCCAACAGUGGCUGA